GCCACAGGAGGAAGCUUUACGCACAGAAACGCUUGUCAUUUUCGGUAUUAUACUUAUCAAUCUUUUAAAAGACGGCAUGCUGCUGCUGUUGAGGACCCUCGCUCCCUGGAUGCUGUUGGCCUUCCUCGGGCACCAGGUCACUCUGUGCUCCGGUGCGCGCAACAAGACCCGUGGAGCGGACAAGCCCGUGAACCCACCCGCGGGCAGAGGGCAGAGGAGCGGGCACGACAAGGGGGCAGCGACCGGCCGGGGGAAGUUCACGCUGAAGGAUAAGACGCAGUGCACGUGGGGGGCGAGAGACUUGGGGCAGGCGGUGAGGCUGUCGGUGAAAUGUGAGAACCCGGAGGCGCGCGUCACAGGCGGCACCACCGCCAUGGAGUGUAAAUACGACGGUAAACCUCAGAGCUGCCCGGGGUACCUCUCCGACCCCAAGGGCUUCUGGAAGCAGGUGGCCCGCGCGUUCAAGAGGCUCCAGGGCAAAGUGUGCAAGGACCAGCGCUCACUGGUGAGGGCCGGCAUGUGCAAGCGCGCGCCCCGGGACGCGCACUUCAAGCUGGACCGCUCCAGCUCGGUGGCAUCCUCUCAGGGAGGAGACCCGAAGACCACCGCCGCACCUCGGCCCCGCACCACCUCAACCACCUCCACCACCACCUCCACCGGACAAGACUGCACCAGGCACCAGAAGACGGCUGAGCAGUACUGCAGCAGCUCGUGGGCCAGUGUUUGCUCCUUCUUCUUCUCCAUGGUGCAGACUGACGACUGUUAGCUGAGCUCAAGUUCUCAUUAUACCACGAAAUGUAGUGAGUUACUCAGGUACUGUGAGAACAAAGGAACUUGCAGACCCACGUUACUUGAGUAUUUCAGCGUUACAUUACUUUAAACUGCUCAGUUACAUUUCAGGUUGAUCCACCACCAAGUGUCUGACAGCUCAGAUUAAAACCAUCUACAACAUGUAAUGAGGUUAUUAAAUAUGACACAUUUUCAGAUUAGACCUCCCAACACUAAAGUACAUGAAAUACUUGUACUUUAAAUCCUCUGUACUUUUACCUCAGUCAUUUCAUUGUAUUUUUUAAUUUAAAAAUGUCAAAACACACACACCGGUACAAAACUUCAGUAGGACUUUGCAUUGACUUCCAUUCAUUGUGGACAGCUACACCCAAAGAAAUGUAUCCAUGACCAAUUCAAAGCUAACCACAGUUCACCUUAACUACCACUUAACUUAACCAGUAGCUCGGUCAAAUGAGGUUUUGCCUCAUUAGGACUGAGCGUUGGUUUCCAUGAGGUCUACUGGUCCUGACAAGGUCAUUGUUUAAUGGGGAAAUGUCCUUAAGAGUCAACACAGAAUGAACGAUUUCCCAUAAUCUGGAUGUGGAUUAAUCUGUGAGGAACUUUUUGAAUGUAUUCUGUAUUAUUAGUUUCAUACAGACACAUCACAGCUUCACACAUCUUUCAAAUAUACAUUCGACAUCUUCACUGACGCUAACUUCAUGGUUUAUUUGUUUAUGGAGUCAAAAAAUUAUAUUGUCAAAGUUUUGAAUGUUGAACGUGACACAUGAUGUCUGCUUUGUACACUGUGAUCUUCUUUGUACUUGUAAUAGAGUAUUUUUUUACAGUGUGGUAUUUUUUUAUUGGAGUAUAGAACCUAUGUAUUAUGACGCAUAACUGAAGAUUGAUGAUUGUAGUCGAGUGGUACUUUCUUCUACCUCUGGUCAAAUUUAUCAAUCAGACACCACUGUAUUUAUAUAACACAAAUAAAUAUCUUCUAUUUGUGUGGCCUUGAACAAGAUGUGACUUUUCAUUGUUGUAUAAACACAUGCAUCUGGAUUGUCAAUGUGAAAAUAUACACUGAAAACAAACCAA